AUGGAUCCAAAAUCUCAUGGAAGCGAACAGUCACCAGAAGGUAGCGGAUUUGUGAAGAGAGAUACAACGUUUACAGUGUCAGAUGAUCUAAUCAUUACUCCCAUGAACACAAGCUCAACUGUUUGCUUCUUGAAGAAGUUACAGAUUCAUGCAGAGGAUCUUGAGGUGCAAGAAAUCAGAAUCACAAAAACAGAGGCUACAAGUCUAUUGAGAGCUUCCUUGGUUACAUCUUCGGCAUUGAACACUUGUUUAAGGAAUUUGAUUGUGAAGAAUUCCAAUUCCAAGGUAGAGACUUGA